AUGGACACUGUCUCCGAGUCUCACAUGGCUGCCGCAAUGGCUUCUCUUAGAGGGAUCGGAAUCGUCGCUCAGGUCAUCGAUAAUUCGCCAAGCCAAAUCUCUCAGACAUCCGAUUGCUUCCGACGCCGGCGUGAAAUUCCCGGAGUACGAGAUUACUUCUUUGGAUGCCUUCGUUUUGUCACCCAAACAUCAAAAGGCUUUGUGGUUCUUGAAAGACAUGGUGAGACUGUGAACGUGGUGACAAAAGACGAUAUAGAGAGAGUUAAAGGAUAUCCAAAGUCAGGACCAGGGAUUGUAGGUCCAGACGGCGCAGAAUUUGAUUCAAGCUGGUUUGAUGGGUUAAGAGUUGGUAUGGGAUCUGGUUCGAUAUGUACCACACAAGAGGUUUGUGUAGUUGGUCGUGGACAGUUAGACGUCCACCAAGAACACGGGAAAAAAGCAAAGCCAUACUCCACUCGAGACUCACACUCGACAUGUAUAAGCAGAAUCGGGAAAGCCAUAGGUGUGUUGUCUAAUCUAGGCUUCACAAUGACUCUAGAAGUGAUCAUGGAGACUGUUAGCAUUAGAAAUUCGAAGGAUAUCAACGACUAA